GAAAGCUUGACUUAUCUUUAAAGUGUUAGGUGUAUGUAUUGAAACUAUUAAUAAAGUUUAACAAAAAUAAAUCUAUAACAAUUUUUUAAACAAUAUGUCGCUUAUUUCAACUUUUACACAGCUAUUGGGUUACAUAUUUUAGUAAUACCUGUAGUCAGAAAGCAAUUAAGACAGGACAAUUAAACUUAAUAUCUUAAUUUUUUUUGGAGCUGAGUUUUUUUCGUAAAGAACAGAGAAAAAUGAGUCGUAUUCGGUCAGCUGCAAGUGGAAGGUCGAAUACUACUGUUGCAAGUUCCAGGACAGGACGAACAAACAAAACAGUUGGGACAAGAGGUUCGAAGACCACAGCAAAAACAGAACUCGAAUACCCGUGCAACCCGUGCAUGCGAGAGAGCAAUAAUGUAGAAGCUACAAAUUACUGCGACGACUGUGGUGAAAAUUUAUGUGCUGAUUGCGUAAAGCAACAUGUCAAGUUCCAGUCCAUGAUAGACCAUAAGAUCCUCGGCAAAGAUGAUAGGCGGCGAAAAGACGAUGAUGGAGCUAAACCGAGGAAUAACCCACUAGAAUGUUCUGAACAUCCUGGAAAGAGAGUGGAUAUGUUUUGCGCAGACCAUAACGAGGUAUGGUGUGGGGCCUGCAUCGCAAUCAAUCACAGGACCUGCCUCAAUGUUGUACUGAUUGAAUCUGCUUCAAAAGGUGCUGCUAAGAAGGAUGAAAGUAAAGAAGCGAAGAAUAAUGCCCGAGAAAUGAAGAAAAAGCUCGUGUCAUUAAAAAGGCAAACAGAGAAAGAUAUUACUAAAAUUGAUCGACAACAGAACACGUUGACAAACAGAAUAAGGGAAAACAGAAAAAGAAUUGACAAAAUUCUAGACAACUUGGAAAAUGCAACAAUAUCUGAGUUGGAAAAUGCGUGUAGCCGCGGGAGAGACCAAAUGCAAGAGUACUCCCAAAUGUAUAGUGAAAUGAUAUCUAGCCUUGACUCAAUCGCCGAAAUACUAACUCCCCAAAAAGGUUCAAAAGGAGGCGUUGAAAGGGACACUGAAGUUUUCGUUGGAACAAAACGAGCUCAAGAAAGGAUCAUGAAAGGCGAAAGAAUUUUGAAUUUUGUUCAACAUACCUACGUUGCAGAACCAAUCAUGUAUGUGGCAGAUGAAAGAAUUUAUGACUGGUUAAAAAGUUUACAGGUACUAGGUACGUUUUCUUAUCAACAGGAAAUAUAUACAGGGCAAUAUUUAGAAAGGCAUGAUGUUAGUGUAGCAGACGAAUAUAAAAAGUGUGACAUGUUCGGAUCUACGUUUCUUAAAGAUGGAAGGUUCAUUCUAACUGACUGGGAUAAUAAAAAGGUAAAACUCCUUGAUAAAUCGUUCACCUUAAUAGACCAGAUCGUUCUAUUAAGUAAUCCAGAUGAUGUUUGCUCUAUCAACCCAGAGGAAGCAGCUGUCACUUUGACCAUGGAAAAAACUAUUCAGUUUAUCAGUCUUGUUCCUAAAAUGAAACUUUCGAGAAUGAUCUACACGGAUGAACCAUGUCGCGGUAUAACAUACCAUGACGGUACCAUUUAUGUCGUCUGCGGCGGGUUCAAAGAUGAAGGUUGUGGGAAAAUUGCUGUGUAUACUGUUUUGGGUGAACAUGUUAAAACGAUUGAAAAGAAUAAUACUGGACAAAACAUUUUCGCUUGUCCAAUAGCUAUUCAGGUAGUUUCAAACGGAAAAUUAAUCUAUGUAACUGACGGAAACCGCGGAAUAGUGACAUUGACGUCAAAUAAUGACGUUGUGUCUGUCAUUUCUUACAAAGAAUUUGCUUGGCCGUGUGGAUUAUGCAUAGACAGAAAUGACAAUGCCCUGAUAUGCAACGGAAAGGGAAGUAAUAUCAUACAAAUAUAUGGACUAAACAGGGUCGCCACUAUACUUUCAAAUAAAGAUGGUGUAAAGCGACCUCACUCAAUUUCUUUCGACCCAAACAGCAUGAGGAUUGUCUUGACAUCUCAGAAGUCAAAAUUUAUCACAGUUUUUCAAUUAACAAAAACUUCUUUAAAGGACGUAGCCGAAGGAACUGAAGUAAAGUUUAAAGUUGUUGAAAAACAGCCGAAGUCUAAUGCAAGUAAUAAAAUUAUAAAUGUUCAGCCUGUUGUCAAUAUGAACACAUCUGAAAACGAAGAUGUUGUUGAACAUAACGAUAAUGCAAACAAGCUAACUUUGCCGGAUAUCAAAGAAUCUGCUCUUGAAAAGUCCACAAACAGUGUGACCAGACGAAAUAGUGCGUUGUCUAGGAGACGUAGCAGGGAUAUUUCAGCAAAAGAAUCAGCAAGUACAACUACUGAAAAAACUAACAACACUUUACCCAAAGGGAGCCUAGCAGGUUCUAGAAAUAAAUCAGCAUCCCGUGAGAGUCUUAACGAGAGAACAACGCAAAGAUCUUCAUCACGUGCAGCAAAUCCGAAAAGACUAGAUUCUGCAACCAUCACUAGUCGCCAGUCUGCCAGAUCAGACAAAAGGGAAACGAGGAUCAUGAACAACACUCCAAGAAGUAGUGUAACAAGAAAAAACUCUAUAGCUUAGACUAUUAUUGGCCCAUGUCUACAAUAAACGAAUUGGUUAACAAGAAAUUGUCGAAAGUGCGUUUGAUCCGACAUUGUGAUAUUGAUCUGAAGAUAGAAAUAUGCAAUUGUCAUAAUAAUCAUUGUCUCGUCACGCUCGAGAAUAUUGCAUCACCGUUUCAUGAUCCUUAAAUAUUUGAGUCACGGCAAAUAUUUAAUAAUCGCUUGACUCCUAUGACAAAAACUUAACAAGAUUCAUAUUAAUUACAAUCAUGCGGUUUAGACGAGUCUGUCCAUCAAGAAGGAUGCAGCCACAUAUAUUGGGAACUUCACAUUGACAACUUUGACCAUGUUUAGUCUCAUUGGCCCCCGCGCCUCAAUAUAGUAAACAUCACAAAAAUCGGCUUGUGUAUAUAUUAAGUAUCAUUCAGUGAAUUACUGAAUUCAAAAUUAAUAGUCACCCUUCAGCAGAUUAUAAACUUCA